AUGAUUAGACCAGUUAUCGACAAACUUAGUAUAGAUAUGGCGGCAGAUGUUGUCUUUUUAAGGGUGGAUGUCGAUGAAAAUGAGGACAUUGCCAUCAACUAUAAUGUGACAGUAAUGCCGACAUUUAUGUUCAUUAAAAAUGGCCAAAAAGUUGACGAGUUUUCGGGAAUUAAUGAAAAUUUAUUAAAGCAAAUAAUAGCUAAACAUAACAAUUUAUUGGAUGUAAAGUUUACAAAAUUAUCGGAAACAAUAUCCAAAAACAAUCAACAAUUGUUGCAAACAAUCAAUCAGUGUUUCGCUACUAAUCAAACCCAAACCAUAACCAAUACUUCAAAUAACAACAGCAAAGAAAAUAAUAAUUUAUUGGAUGAAAAAUUCACUGAAUUGUCUACCAAUUUCAAUGAAACAAUGAAAGAAAGUUUUACUAAUCAAAUCAAAACUAUAACCGAUGCUAUCAUCACUUCCAACAACACAAACAAAGAUAACAAUGAUGUAAUAACAACUACUGGAAAAAUGAUGGCAUGUUUUGCAAACAAAAGCAAACAUAUUAUGAAUGCGUUGUCUGUAAGAGACAAGUUGUUGGCCGACAUUUUGGUCGAAUCGGAUACCGAUAGCCAAUGGACUGGUAGUCAAUCAAUUGGCCAAUUGGUUGAUGACAAUCAGCCGACGACCGACCAUUUAGUCAAUACAGAAGCUGUGGUAGUCGAGGACAGGGCUAAUGAGAUACAGGAGCUAAAGGAUAUGGUUAGACAAAUUCAACAGAGAAUUAAACGAUUGGAGAAUAUGAUGUGA